AUGCUGGUAGCCCUAUCUCGCAACAUAACAACUGGAGCAUGCCUUUGGCUAGCAUCUGGAGGUUCCUUUUCGAACACCCUUCCCUUCCAUUUCUAUAAGGUCACGGUAAGCCAAAUUUUGCUCUAUUUCUUCCUACUUCGCGACGGUCAUUGUGUUAUCUUUGCUCCGCUACGCUUAGUGUGUACAGUUAUCUUUCACUCUGCCGCCACCGGUGCCCAAUAUACAUAUGAACAAGUCCAGCAGCGGGCGGAGCAGUUUGGAAGAGCCUUGCAGUCCCAGUGGGGCUGGCGUAGGGGUGAUGUUCUUAUGGUUAUGGCCCCAAUGACAUCGAUACCCCAUCUGUUAUCUGGGGAUGUCAUUUUCCCAGUGGAAUCGUGGCCCCACCGUGCAAGAGCCCUCGUGAUCCAUCCACAAUGCGCGGGCGUUGCUGUCGAGGCCGCUCGCCUUACCAAUCUACCCUCUGAUCGGUUCCUUAUCUUACGGUUCGACAAACCGACCCGGGCAUACAGCGGCCUCUCCUCUGUUGAACAUUUCAUCAAUGCAGCCCACGAGGCCACAAACGUGAACAGCAGUUGCGUGGAGAUUGAAACAGAGAAGGAUACUGCCUUUCUGAUAAACUCAUCAGGAACUACGGGUAGACCCAAAGCAGUGAUGAUCUCCCAUCGUAACGUCGUAGCCGCUGUCGCGCUCCAAAGCGCAGGUGAUAGUGGCCACGUAGACUGGCAUCGGGAUCGCGCCUUGGCGGCACUUCCUAUACAUCACAUUUUCGGUAAGAGGUAUUGUAUUUCCCACGUUUAUGCUGCUCCAACCAUAGUGCUUCAUCUGGCAAAGAACAGUCUAGUGAACAAUUAUGACUUGCGUUCGCUCCGCAUGAUCACUUCUGGUGGCGCAUCUCUUGCCGCAAGCCUCGUUGCCGAGUGA